AUGUCGGGACGCGGAAGAGGACGCAAAGCUGCAGCCCUGGCGGAGUUGCAGCUCACGCUAGCAGGAACGUCCGGCAACCAGAAGAUGAAGUCCGUAGCGCAGUGCUUUCACUGCCAAAAGCUGGGCCACGUCGCCAAGCACAGCAGCGGUUCAGUCGCGUGCCUGAAGUGUGCGCAAGCACAUGACACACGUAACUGCAAGAAGGAGAAGAGUACUCCUUGUACCUGCGUCGACUGUGGCGGUCCACACGUGACGAACGCCCGUUCCUGCGCCUACAAGAGGAUUUGGCGCGGACUGGACAAGAAGACGAUGCAGAAGCAAGUGACCACCACACAUGAAGAGGGGGUCUCUUGUACAGAAGAAGACGUCUCCAGGCGUCUAAAGGACGCUGUACAAGAAGCCAUGUCCGCCUUCAAAUCCGCCAUGGCGCAAGAGAGGGCGGCCAAGUUGGCGGAACUGGGCGAGGCUCGGCGUCAGAUUGCUGUGCUGACACAGGCACUUCGCUCAGCCAAAGAAGACUCCUCCACCAGAGAAGACAUCGCCACCCAGACUGUAGGGAAGCAGCCUUCUCACUCCCCGCCCCACAAGACGACUCCUGCACGAGAGAAGGAGUUCGGAACGGUGGCCACGCAAACUGACGAACCUGCCGAAGGGGAGGCGAUACACCACAAGGACAAGGACACCGAAGCAGCUGCACAAGAGGAAGAAGAGUGGGAAGAAGCACCACUCUUCCCGCUUCCGGACAUCAUCAUAGAAGCGACGUCGCACCACCCGGCACAGCAUAAAAGAGCAUACUUUCAUGCAAUGUGCAACAGAGCCCUGAGAUUGGCACUAAAGGACGAUGAGUUGCAGAAAGAACUAGGUAGUAUUAAACAAGUAGCAGCAGCUAAUGGAUACAGGACACAAGAUGUUACACAGACAAGUCUGAUUUCUGAUUGGAUCUCACAAAGAAGUGACCCGACAAGGACGUGGCCCGCGGAGGACGUGGCCCGCGGAGGACGUGGCCCGCGGAGGACGUGGCCCGCGGAGGACGUGGCCCGCGGAGGACGUGGCCCGCGGAGGACGUGGCCCGCGGAGGACGUGGCCCGCGGAGGACGUGGCCCGCGGAGGACGUGGCCCGCGGAGGACGUGGCCCGCGGAGGACGUGGCCCGCGGAGGACGUGGCCCGCGGAGGACGUGGCCCGCGGAGGACGUGGCCCGCGGAGGACGUGGCCCGCGGAGGACGUGGCCCGCGGAGGACGUGGCCCGCGGAGGACGUGGCCCGCGGAGGACGUGGCCCGCGGGGGACGUGGCCCGCGGGGGACGUGGCCCGCGGGGGACGUGGCCCGCGAGGGACGUGGCCCGCGAGGGACGUGGCCCGCGAGGGACGUGGCCCGCGAGGGACGUGGCCCGCGAGGGACGUGGCCCGCGAGGGACGUGGCCCGCGAGGGACGUGGCCCGCGAGGGACGUGGCCCGCGAGGGACGUGGCCCGCGAGGGACGUGGCCCGCGAGGGACGUGGCCCGCGAGGGACGUGGCCCGCGAGGGACGUGGCCCGCGAGGGACGUGGCCCGCGAGGGACGUGGCCCGCGAGGGACGUGGCCCGCGAGGGACGUGGCCCGCGAGGGACGUGGCCCGCGAGGGACGUGGCCCGCGAGGGACGUGGCCCGCGAGGGACGUGGCCCGCGAGGGACGUGGCCCGCGAGGGACGUGGCCCGCGAGGGACGUGGCCCGCGAGGGACGUGGCCCGCGAGGGACGUGGCCCGCGAGGGACGUGGCCCGCGAGGGACGUGGCCCGCGAGGGACGUGGCCCGCGAGGGACGUGGCCCGCGAGGGACGUGGCCCGCGAGGGACGUGGCCCGCGAGGGACGUGGCCCGCGAGGGACGUGGCCCGCGAGGGACGUGGCCCGCGAGGGACGUGGCCCGCGAGGGACGUGGCCCGCGAGGGACGUGGCCCGCGAGGGACGUGGCCCGCGAGGGACGUGGCCCGCGAGGGACGUGGCCCGCGAGGGACGUGGCCCGAGAGGGACGUGGCCCGAGAGGGACGUGGCCCGAGAGGGACGUGGCCCGAGAGGGACGUGGCCCGAGAGGGACGUGGCCCGAGAGGGACGUGGCCCGAGAGGGACGUGGCCCGAGAGGGACGUGGCCCGAGAGGGACGUGGCCCGAGAGGGACGUGGCCCGAGAGGGACGUGGCCCGAGAGGGACGUGGCCCGAGAGGGACGUGGCCCGAGAGGGACGUGGCCCGAGAGGGACGUGGCCCGAGAGGGACGUGGCCCGAGAGGGACGUGGCCCGAGAGGGACGUGGCCCGAGAGGGACGUGGCCCGAGAGGGACGUGGCCCGAGAGGGACGUGGCCCGAGAGGGACGUGGCCCGAGAGGGACGUGGCCCGAGAGGGACGUGGCCCCCGAGAGGGACGUGGCCCCCGAGAGGGACGUGGCCCCCGAGAGGGACGUGGCCCCCGAGAGGGACGUGGCCCCCGAGAGGGACGUCGCCCCCGAGAGGGACGUCGCCCCCGAGAGGGACGUCGCCCCCGAGAGGGACGUGGCCCCCGAGAGGGACGUGGCCCCCGAGAGGGACGUGGCCCCCGAGAGGGACGUGGCCCCCGAGAGGGACGUGGCCCGAGAGGGACGUGGCCCGAGAGGGACGUGGCCCGAGAGGGACGUGGCCCGAGAGGGACGUGGCCCGAGAGGGACGUGGCCCGAGAGGGACGUGGCCCGAGAGGGACGUGGCCCGAGAGGGACGUGGCCCGAGAGGGACGUGGCCCGAGAGGGACGUGGCCCGAGAGGGACGUGGCCCGAGAGGGACGUGGCCCGAGAGGGACGUGGCCCGAGAGGGACGUGGCCCGAGAGGGACGUGGCCCGAGAGGGACGUGGCCCGAGAGGGACGUGGCCCGAGAGGGACGUGGCCCGAGAGGGACGUGGCCCGAGAGGGACGUGGCCCGAGAGGGACGUGGCCCGAGAGGGACGUGGCCCGAGAGGGACGUGGCCCGAGAGGGACGUGGCCCGAGAGGGACGUGGCCCGAGAGGGACGUGGCCCGAGAGGGACGUGGCCCGAGAGGGACGUGGCCCGAGAGGGACGUGGCCCGAGAGGGACGUGGCCCGAGAGGGACGUGGCCCGAGAGGGACGUGGCCCGAGAGGGACGUGGCCCGAGAGGGACGUGGCCCGAGAGGGACGUGGCCCGAGAGGGACGUGGCCCGAGAGGGACGUGGCCCGAGAGGGACGUGGCCCGAGAGGGACGUGGCCCGAGAGGGACGUGGCCCGAGAGGGACGUGGCCCGAGAGGGACGUGGCCCGAGAGGGACGUGGCCCGAGAGGGACGUGGCCCGAGAGGGACGUGGCCCGAGAGGGACGUGGCCCGAGAGGGACGUGGCCCGAGAGGGACGUGGCCCGAGAGGGACGUGGCCCGAGAGGGACGUGGCCCGAGAGGGACGUGGCCCGAGAGGGACGUGGCCCGAGAGGGACGUGGCCCGAGAGGGACGUGGCCCGAGAGGGACGUGGCCCGAGAGGGACGUGGCCCGAGAGGGACGUGGCCCGAGAGGGACGUGGCCCGAGAGGGACGUGGCCCGAGAGGGACGUGGCCCGAGAGGGACGUGGCCCGAGAGGGACGUGGCCCGAGAGGGACGUGGCCCGAGAGGGACGUGGCCCGAGAGGGACGCGGCCCGAGAGGGACGCGGCCCGAGAGGGACGCGGCCCGAGAGGGACGCGGCCCGAGAGGGACGCGGCCCGAGAGGGUCGCGGCCCGAGAGGGACGCGGCCCGAGAGGGUCGCGGCCCGAGAGGGUCGCGGCCCGAGAGGGUCGCGGCCCGAGAGGGUCGCGGCCCGAGAGGGACGCGGCCCGAGAGGGACGCGGCCCGAGAGGGACGCGGCCCGAGAGGGACGCGGCCCGAGAGGGUCGCGGCCCGAGAGGGUCGCGGCCCGAGAGGGUCGCGGCCCGAGAGGGUCGCGGCCCGAGAGGGACGCGGCCCGAGAGGGACGCGGCCCGAGAGGGACGCGGCCCGAGAGGGACGCGGCCCGAGAGGGACGCGGCCCGAGAGGGACGCGGCCCGAGAGGGACGCGGCCCGAGAGGGACGCGGCCCGAGAGGGACGCGGCCCGAGAGGGACGCGGCCCGAGAGGGACGCGGCCCGAGAGGGACGCGGCCCGAGAGGGACGCGGCCCGAGAGGGACGCGGCCCGAGAGGGACGCGGCCCGAGAGGGACGCGGCCCGAGAGGGACGCGGCCCGAGAGGGACGCGGCCCGAGAGGGACGCGGCCCGAGAGGGACGCGGCCCGAGAGGGACGCGGCCCGAGAGGGACGCGGCCCGAGAAGGACGCGGCCCGAGAAGGACGCGGCCCGAGAAGGACGCGGCCCGAGAAGGACGCGGCCCGAGAAGGACGCGGCCCGAGAAGGACGCGGCCCGAGAAGGACGCGGCCCGAGAAGGACGGGGCCCGAGACGCGGCCCGAGAAGGACGCGGCCCGAGUAGGACGCGGCCCGAGUAGGACGCGGCCCGAGAAGGACGCGGCCCGAGAAGGACGCGGCCCGAGAAGGACGCGGCCCGAGAAGGACGCGGCCCGAGAAGGACGCGGCCCGAGAAGGACGCGGCCCGAGAAGGACGCGGCCCGAGAAGGACGCGGCCCGAGAAGGACGCGGCCCGAGAAGGACGCGGCCCGAGAAGGACGCGGCCCGAGAAGGACGCGGCCCGAGAAGGACGCGGCCCGAGAAGGACGCGGCCCGAGAAGGACGCGGCCCGAGAAGGACGCGGCCCGAGAAGGACGCGGCCCGAGAAGGACGCGGCCCGAGAAGGACGGGGCCCGAGAAGGACGGGGCCCGAGAAGGACGGGGCCCGAGAAGGACGGGGCCCGAGAAGGACGGGGCCCGAGAAGGACGCGGCCCGAGAAGGACGCGGCCCGAGAAGGACGCGGCCCGAGAUGGACGCGGCCCGAGAAGGACGCGGCCCGAGAAGGACGCGGCCCGAGAAGGACGCGGCCCGAGAAGGACGCGGCCCGAGAAGGACGCGGCCCGAGAAGGACGCGGCCCGAGAAGGAAGUGACCCGAGUAGGAAGUGACCCGAGAAGGAAGUGA